CGAUGCGGUUGUCUGGAGCCGGCUGGUCUAUGCAAGAUGGCGACGUGUUUCUUUCAGGGAUGGUGAUAGAGAACCGAAUGCCUCGUUCGUGAGGUAAAACAAAGCUUCAAGGCCAACAAUGUCUGCUCAGUGAUAACGCUUCUUAAGCUGAAUACAUUGUGAUUUCCAGUAAUAGAGACAGUAUUUCUGAAGGCUGUCUACAUUAAUGAAAAGAACAAUGUAGUCAGCUUAACUGAAUCUUCUGUGAGGCUGCGAUAUGCUCUAUCCACUGUAUGGGACAUUCUCCAAUAAGGGCUAAGAAUAGAAAUUUUACUAUUUUGUGUACUUUUUUUAGUUGUACUGAUUUAGUAUUGAAUAUGGAGCCGUGUGAGUAUGUAGCCCCUCUCCCUGAUGAACCUGGAAGCAAAGAAAUGGAGUUCACACCUGCUUGUCCCCCACCACUGCCGCCAAAUGAAGAGCCUCCACCACCUCCCCUGCAAACGUCCAGUGACGCAGAGGUAAUGGACGUUGGCUCUGGUGGUGAUGGACAGUCACAAACCCCAGCUGGGGACCAGCAGCUAAACUACGGAGCACAGCUACUCACAAAAGGGUCGUCUUCUUACAAGAGUCAUCCGACAGUGGUAGAGCAAAUACAGAGUGACCAAAGCCCCAGAACAGCUCGCCACGCACCAGCAGUUAAGAAGUUUACUCCUGAUCUUAAAUUGCUUAAAGAUGUUAAAAUCAGUGUAAGUUUUACAGAGAGUUGUAGGAGCAAAGAUAGAAAGGUUCUGUACACUGGAGCAGAGGCAGACGGUGAGGCAGCCAUAGAUAGCAAUAACACUGUCAAUGGAGAGUUGCAUGUUUGUCCUUUUGCUGGUAGUAGCAAUGAUAAAAUUGUCAAUAAUCAUGAAAUUGCAAAUAUAAGAAAUGAGGAGGCGGAAGCUGAUCAGGAAAAGAAAGUGGAAUACGCUGUUCUCGAUGAUUUGGAGGAUUUCACUGAGAACGUGAUGGAUGUAGAUGAGGACGGAGCUGAGUUUGCAGAGUUUAUUACGGAAUCCAUUCUUCAGAGUGAUAAGAUUGAUGAAUCCCUGAUCUACAACUAUGAGGAUGAUUUUGAUAACGAUGUGGAUGCACUUCUGGAGGAGGGCCUACAUACUCCAAAGAAGAGGAGACUGGAAGAAAAGUUUGAUGAAGAAAGUGACCACCAUUCAGAUGGCGAGACCAGUGUUCAACCAAUGAUAACCAAAAUUAAAACUGUUUUGAAAAGUCGUGGCCGUCCUCCUACUGAGCCCUUACCCGAUGGAUGGAUCAUGACAUUCCAUAACUCUGGCAUUCCUGUCUAUUUACAUAGAGAAACAAGAGUAGUCACAUGGUCCAGACCUUACUUUUUGGGAACCGGAAGCAUAAGGAAACAUGAUCCUCCCGUCAGUAGUAUUCCUUGCUUACACUACAAGAAAAUGAAGGAUAAUGAAGAGAAGGAAAAGAAUAGUGAGACUUCUCCAGCUAGUCUUCCGUCAGAGGCUCCGUGUGAAAAAAACUUGGAGCACCAUUCUGUUGAGGCAGAUUCCACUGUUGAUGUUAAUUUGACUCCUGAUGAUAAAGAGACAACAGUGGAAGUCGCUCAGGGGGUGCUGGGCCAAGUUAAAGCUAAAGUAGAAGUUUGUAAAGAUGAAUCCAUUGACCUGGAAGAUUUCCGCAGCUAUUUGGAAAAAAGAUUUGAUUUUGAGCAGGUUACAGUCAAAAAGUUCAGGACAUGGGCAGAAAGAAGACAAUUCAAUCGUGAAGUGAAACGCAAGCAAGCAGGAUCUGAACGACCAAUUUUACCUGCCAAUCAGAAACUUAUAACCUUAUCUGUUCAGGAUGCACCAACAAAGAAAGAGUUUGUUAUUAAUCCAAAUGGAAAGUCUGAAGUUUGCAUCCUCCAUGAAUAUAUGCAGAGAGUCCUAAAAGUUCGUCCUGUUUACAACUUUUUUGAAUGUGAGAACCCAAGUGAACCUUUUGGAGCAUCUGUGAUUAUUGAUGGAGUGACCUAUGGUACUGGAACUGCAAGCAGCAAAAAACUGGCAAAAAAUAAAGCUGCCCGAUCUACACUGGAAAUCCUCAUUCCGGACUUCAUAAAACAGACCUCCGAUGAAAAGCCCAAAGACAGCGACGAGCUGGAGUAUUUUAACCAUAUCAGUAUUGAAGAUUCCCGAGUGUAUGAGCUCACCAACAAAGCUGGACUGCUCUCACCAUAUCAAAUUCUUCACGAGUGCCUUAAGAGAAACCAUGGAAUGGGGGACACAUCAAUCAAGUUUGAAGUCAUUCCUGGAAAGAACCAGAAGAGUGAAUAUGUGAUGACUUGUGGAAAACACACUGUGAGAGGCUGGUGUAAAAAUAAAAGGGUUGGAAAGCAGCUGGCAUCACAAAAAAUUCUUCAGCUUCUUCAUCCCCAUGUGAAAAACUGGGGCUCCCUUCUACGUAUGUAUGGAAGGGAGAGUACUAAAAUGGUCAAGCAGGAAACCUCAGAUAAAAGUGUGAUAGAACUUCAUCAGUAUGCCAAAAAAAACAAGCCAAAUCUUCAUAUUCUAAACAAGCUGCAGGAAGAAAUGCAAAAGCUGGCACAAGAAAGGGAAGAGACACGGAAAAAGCCUAAGAUGACGAUUGUUGAAUCUGCACAGCCUGGCAAUGAGCCCCUCUGUACAGUGGAUGUUUGAUCUGUGCACCAAAGGGAGCAAUAAGAAACCAUGAGAGCUUACUUCGACAAACUUUUCAUCUGGUGUAGAAGGUGAUUCAUAAACAGGGCUGCUUCCUUAUGCAUUGUCCAUUUUUUCCAAUCAUUGUCCAAUCAGCUGGAGAUAAAUAGACCUAUUACCCCCUUGUAUGAAGCUUGCUGUUAGUCAGAGAAAACAUUAAAUUUGGGACACCAAGCAUUUUCACUCCAAGGGUCAUGCCCAUCUGUCUGUAGAAAAGACGACGAUGUAUAGUUUCCAGUUUAUGAAAUGCGAAGCUAAAAUACUGAUUUCAUUGAAUGCACUGAAUAGUUAAUCCACGAGACUCUUACAGAACCUGGUAUGCCCAGUGUUUUGCAGUGAUGUUUUGCCUACUGAUCUCCGGCUAGCUUACCAUGCUGAUUUAUAAUCCAGGCUUCAAAAUAUAAGGUCUAAACAUUUCAAAUCAAGAUGUGUGGGAAAGCUUUACUCUGUGGUAGCCACUGCAAUAUGAUCCAUUGUGGUUAUUGGCUUAUGGGCACAGACCAUGUGAAAACACAAUAACCUAGACUGUAGCAUUAAAGGGGUUGUCAAAGUUAUGAAAAAUAAAUAUAUAGCACUGUAAAUCUGAUGGGCGGCAAUAUAUAACUAAGCUAAGUAAGUUUUAGGUAAAAAAAAAAAUCAAUAUUUCCUAAUU